GUGAGUGUGUAAGUGAUACAAACAGUGGCUGUAGUUCAUUUGAAGAGGAAAAGAAAUGCCAGACACGUUGUCCUUGACUGCUGGAGUCAGCUUUGGCUUGCUCGCUGGAAUAGUGUCAGGAGUUUGUUAUCUCGUCGCCAAUGGAUUUAUGUGGCCCAGAUCCGAUCGUGAACAUCAGAGGCGAUGCAUUUCGGGCGCAGACGACGGCGUGUGUCAAUGUUGUGGCGGUGAUAAGCACGGUAGCAUUGUACCCUGCAUCUGUCAACCACACACACCGCAGAAGUUCGAAUCGGGCGCGUGGUUCCUGCGACAAGUUCAGCGAGCAGUCAGCCUGAUGCCGUGGACCCUCAGCACUGAAAAAUUGGAGCAGAUAGAUGAAGAAUGUGAAGGACGAGACAGUCCAGGCGAGGGGCAGGAGCUGAGGAACGUGAGGGAAUUCUUGGAGACACUUUCAGCAAAGCUGGCCGGCGGGCAGCUUGAAGGUACCAGCGUGGCCCCACUCUACAACCACCCAGCCUAUGUGAGAAUGCUCGAGCGAUACCACGCGCCGUUGAGGAAUACCCUCGCGUCGCUUGCCACCGCGCUGAGAGACGCGCUCACACGUAAGCUCGCGUGUAUAACAUAUAGCAUGCACUGUGUGACAAUAAUUUUGUUUGGAAUGCACUAUAAUCCGGUAGGUUCGUGCAUAGCGGCCCAACGGGGUAACUGA